UUCAACCUUUUCCCCAGCGCCUUCUCUCUCUCUCUCUCUCUCUCCUCAUCGCCAUCAAGACUUCCUCUCCCCCUCACUUUUCUCAGAUCUCUCAAACGCCAACCCUCAAAAUCCCAAAUCCUCUCGCCAAUCCUCUCCCAACAGACAGAUCUUCCUUCUUAUAAAUCCUUCAAGAACCUAUAAAACUACCGUCUUUUCGAAAUCUUCUCCCCCCCUCUUCCCCCCUUUCCUUUUUCCCUCCUCAAUUCGGAUCUCUUAUCCUCAUCACUGUACCACUCGAUAAUCGGUUGCAAGAUUCCCACGAUCGCUCGUAACCUGGAACCCUAACUUGUUCCCGCUUUCGCGAUUUUGAUCCUUCUUCUGAUCUGUUUGUGGGUUUACUUUUCGUGGGUAGAGUCCGGUUUCUCAUAUUUGUGGGUGGAAAAGGGGCAAAAAGAGAAUCGAAAGAGAACCCUAAUCUGGAAAAAGGAAAAAAGAAACAAGAUUUGAUUUUGUGUUCUGGGUAUUUUUUUUGAGAAACGGAUUCAGGGAAGAAAAAACCUGAUAUAUGGCGGAACAAGGAGGCUUGGAAGGGAGCCAACCGGUGGAUCUUUCCAAGCACCCUUCUGGCAUUGUUCCCACCCUACAGAACAUUGUGUCGACAGUGAACUUGGAUUGCAAGUUGGAUCUAAAGCAAAUCGCUUUGCAAGCUCGUAAUGCAGAAUAUAACCCUAAACGUUUUGCUGCUGUUAUUAUGAGGAUCAGGGAACCUAAAACCACGGCACUUAUCUUUGCCUCAGGGAAAAUGGUAUGCACAGGUGCUAAAAGUGAACAGCAGUCGAAAUUGGCAGCCAGAAAGUAUGCUCGAAUCAUCCAGAAGCUUGGUUUUCCAGCGAAAUUCAAGGACUUCAAGAUUCAGAACAUAGUUGGCUCAUGUGAUGUGAAGUUCCCAAUUAGACUCGAGGGUCUGGCGUACUCUCAUGGUGCUUUCUCAAGUUACGAGCCGGAGCUGUUCCCAGGACUGAUUUAUAGAAUGAAACAACCCAAGAUUGUACUUCUCAUUUUUGUCUCAGGCAAAAUCGUGAUAACAGGAGCUAAGGUUAGAGAUGAGACAUACACAGCCUUCGAGAACAUAUACCCUGUGCUUACUGAGUUUAGGAAAGUCCAGCAAUGGAGGGGGGAUGGGGUUCUUAAGAGUUGGGUGGCUGGGAGUGUUGAUGUUUCUCAAGGGCGCCUGAAACUGCUGUUGAACAGCGACGGAGGUCGCUAUAAGCUAGUGGGCGGUGCGUUUGGCGAUGGGUUCAGAUCUUUUCAUCUCCACAAUGGAAAACUCAAGUUUUUAGGCUCUGCUACUACUAAGCUACAUGUUUUCUCCGCUAGUGACAAACCCAGAACCAGAAGCAAGUUUUAUGCGGAAGCAAGGCUGAGUAGUGGCGGCGAUAGCGAGAGUGAGAGCGAGAGCGAGAGUGGGAGUGAGGGCGACGGUGGGAGUUAUGAUGAUGAGAUUGAUGAUUUUUACGGGACUGGUUUUGAUACUGAUGAAUUGGCUUGCUUUAGAGGCUUGGUCUUGGAUAUCUCUUACAGGCCUGUCAAUGUUGUCUGCUGGAAGCGCGCCAUAUGUUUGGAGUUUAUGGAGAAGGCUGAUGUGUUAGAAUACUAUGAUCGAACAGUAAACUCUCCUAGUGGUUCAUACUACAUACCUGCAGUAUUGAGGGUUACUGCUUGUUCCAAGUGCAACUCAAAGAAGGGUCAGAAGACUCUAGAUGAAGUAAAUAUGAAGCUGAAAAAGCUCCCCAAGGCCCCGAAAGAUUACGACUUACUUGCCAUACCAUUAACAGGUGCAGCACUAAGGAUGCUAAGGAGGAGAAAAGGGACACCUGAUGAAUGGCGUCAGUAUCUGCCAGCUGAGCCAUGACGGCCUCUUUUACCAGUUCAUGGGAACUCUGUACAUUCUCAUUAUGUUCUUCUUACUUAAUCAUGGGGUUGGUGUACAAAUGAUGUCACAAUGGAACCACCAUAAUAACUUAAAUCCGUUUGCAUACUGUUGGUAACUCAUCCAUUC